AUGCCUUUGUAUACCAAAUUUCUGAAGGACUUCCUCACAAAGAAAGGGAAAUAUAUCAACAAUGAGAGCAUCAUGGUGGAAGCAAAUUGUAAUGCUGUGAUCCAGAAGAAUUCACCACAGAAAUUCAAAGAUCCAAGAAGUGUAACCAUCCCAUGCUCUAUUGGGAAUGUGUCAGUGGGUAAAACUCUCAUUGAUUUGGGGGAAAACAUUAAUUUGAUGUCUCUCUCUAUGUGUCGAAGAAUUAGAAAUUUGAUGGUUUCUCCUACUAAGAUGACUCUUCAACUAGCAGAACGCUCCAUUAUCAGACCAUAUGGUGUAGUUGAAGAUGUCCUAGUUAAAGUUCGCCAAUUCACUUUUCUGGUGGACUUUGUGAUAAUAAACAUAGAAGAGGAUUCUAAUAUUCCCUUAAUAUUGGGCAGACCAUUCAUGUUGACUUCAAAAUGUGUUGUGGACAUGGGAAAUGGAAGUUUGGAGAUGAGUGUAGAGGACCAAAAAGCCAUCUUCAACUUGUUUGAGGCAAUAAAACAUCCCAGUGAUAGCAAGACCUGCUUUAAGGUGGAGGCAAUUGAGUAA